CCGCAACGGGGUAUACAGGAAUAUAGGGUGCGCGUGCUGUAGUCCAGAUCAGUUCACACAUAAAUUCCAAACUGAGAAAAGUACCACAGGAUUUGGAAAGUGUGUCACUGAGUGUUAUAAAUGAAACAUUUAUAGUGGAUUAUUUUUUUUUUUUACCAUGUGGACAGUUUUCUUCAAGUGUUUUGAUUUUUUUUCGUCACGCACUUAAAGAAAGAUUUUACGCGAAUAGACGUCGCGAAACCUUUCGUCCUCGGGGUUUUCCUAAUUUUGACACAAGCUCGCGGUCAGUAACUAUCUCUCGUGGUCAAAGGCGCGCACUAUGAGGAUCCAGCCUCGCGCCCAGACUGGCCUCUGACAACUUCCCCGUGUCCACAGGAGGAACAGAGAAACCAACUAAACUUCAGCUUUCCAGCCCGCUAAGGUUCUUGAGCAAUGUCUGUCCCUCCUCCUCCACCUCCACCACCUCCACCUUCUAAAGCUCCUGCACAAUCACGGACAGACCCUCCUAAACUCCAGUGUUCUGAGGGUGGAGGUCGCAAUGCUCUCCUGUCUGACAUUCAGAAAGGGACAAGGCUGAAAAAGGUCAAACAGGUCAAUGACAGAAGCGCACCAGUCUUUGACAAACCUAAAGUGAAAAGUGUGGAUGACAGUGGAAGAAAUGUGGCUGCUGGAAGCUCUACAAACGCAGCAGGAUCUGCUCCAUCUGCAGUGGGCACAAGUGGACUGUUUGCCGGGGGAUUUCCUGUACUCAAACCACCUGGACAAAGAGACCAACAGCCGCAUCAAAACCCAGUGUCUCGUUCCGGCUCUACCGCAAGCCUGAAGCAGCCUCUCUGCAACCCUCCAUCUCAGGGAGAUGGGUUCAGAGGAAGUGCACCUGAUCUUUCCCCCUCCCAAAAACCUUUGGAAAGAGCCUUCACACUGUCUAAAACUCAGUCUAAUUCCUCAUACACCGCCCCUUCCUCUGCCCCUCCACCUCCUCCUCAGGAGCGGCCCUGUAAUAGACCACCUCCUCUCACUACCGGCCUGCCCCCACCCCCUCCUCCUCAAUCGGCAAAACCCACUAGGCUAAAAUCACACUCCAUUCCAAUGACUAUGACUCCGCCUCCUCCACUGCCUCCCUCGGUUCCUCCGUCCUCACUUCCUGAUAGAUCGUCUGGGGUCUUCUACCCUCCGCCCCCUCCACCGCCUUCAUCAAUCCCUUCAUCCUCGCUCCCUGACAGGUCAUCUGGGAUCUUCUUCCCUCCACCACCUCCAUCAGUCCCUCCAUCCUCUCUUCCUGACAGGUCAUCUGGGAUCUUCUGCCCUCCUCCACCACCUCCGUCAAUCCCUCCAUCCUCGCUCAGUGACAGGUCAUCUGGGAUCUUCUGCCCUCCUCCACCACCUCCAUCAAUCCCUACAUCCUCGCUCCCUGACAGGUCAUCUGGGGUUUUCUUCCCUCCACCUCCUUCUCCACCACCUCCGUCCUCGCUCCCUGACAGGUCGUCUGUAGUCUUCUUCCCUCCGCCCCCUUCUCUUGACCCUUUAGGGCCUCCUGACCCAGCUUCUCUUCCUGAUUCGUUUGCAUGCAGUCACCCCUCCUCAGCACCUCCUCCACUACCUCAGAAAGUACCACCUUUGCCACGACGACCCCCUGCAUCGACACGCUGUUCAGGUGCUCCACGGAUGGCUCCACCCCCUGUUCCCCCGGCUCGAUCUCCUAACACUGAACUCUCCAGUAGGAUCCCACCCCCUUCUCCUCUCCCACAGUCAGCUCCGCCCAGCUCUGUACGCAACGGACACCUGCACAGCUUAGAUGACUUUGAAACUAAGUUUCACUUCCAUCCGAUUGAGGACUUCCCCCCUCCUGAAGAGUUCAGGCCCUUCCCACGUAUCUACCCCAGCAAAGAGAACAGAGUCAACCCACAACCUCCUGCCAGGAGGACUCAUUUAAGAUGAAAUGGGACAACAUAAAGUUUGGUGCUAACUUUUUGUAGGAUAUAUUUUAAGCAUCAUCCUCAUCGUCAGUGAGGAACAGCAGCCAGAUCUGUAGGUCAAAUCAACUCACUCGAGCACCACUUUAUCAAUCUCAUCUGCAUUACCUAUGAAAACAUUAUAGUUUGAUGUAAAACUAAUGGUUUUUUUUUUUUUGCCAUCCACAUUUCAAGAGCAAGUUUCCUCAUUACAGCUGCAGCCAUAUUAAAACCCCUAAUUCUUAUAUAUAUAUAUAAAAAAUCGAAUUCAUUUUCUAAUUAAUUUAAUGUUUCUGGAACAAAAAUAUUAUGCCUAAUAAUUUUGCUUAUCAUACCUGACAAGGCUUUUAUUAAUUAUACUGUCACCUGUCAACUUACCCUGAAUGGACUGAAAGGGCAAAUUAUUAGACUACUAACAGAAUAAAAAUGAGAAAAAAAGAUUAAAACAUGGCUUAACAAAAUAAGGCAAAAGGAAAGAGUGUUAAAUCUAUGCAUACAGAUCAGAGAAGUCUUGCUAACAUUACUGUUUAGGGCAUUAGUUUUUGUAAAAGGGAAAGAAGUUAACCACUAUGAGUGAAACUGUAUUUUAGGUCUAAGGUGAAAAGAGAAAAUGGUUGACGUGGAUGAAACUAUAUAUGGGAAAGUAAAUAAAAUUACAGUAUCCUCUUCUCAAUGGUUUUUGUGGCUGCUGGAGUCCUUUGUUACUAACUCUACAUCUAACUCAUCAAAUCAAGAUUUUCUAAUACACCAAAGAAAAAAUACUUUUUUUGUUUACCCUCAAUCCAUGUUUAAAAUUAUUAUUAUUAUUAUUAUUAUUAUUAUUUACAUCUGUCUGUAUUUGAAAUCUGUGCCAGUAUGAAAUGCUCUAUUAAAGCUCUGAAUCAAGAAGGACACAUGAGAGACACUGGGAAACAGUGCCACCCACUGGACAUGCUUGCAAUUUAUUGCUCUGUCUGAAUAAAUGAUUAUUUUACCCAAAUAAACAUUACAAGAC